GUCUGACCUAGAGAUUGUAUGGCGACCGAAGGAUAAAAUCUGUCGAAAAUAUUCUUGAAAGCAGCGAAAGGUUAAGGAAACGUCGUUGCACCAUGGUGUGCAAAGAGGAUGUCUUUGCAUGGUUUACCAAACUAAAGGCACCAAAAAGGAUAGAGGUUUUGGCAAGUCUUCUUCAUAUGUGUCUCCCCUUAGAGUUGAGGUUUGUUGGAUCGUGUGUUGAAAAUCUUGCGAAAAGAAAUUUUGUGUUUCUACGUGAAGCAGAAAACCAAGCAAAUAGUGUGUCAGAAAUUGACAAGUUGAGAGAUCUGACAGACGAAACUGUACGCAGUAGGAUUAAUGUUUAUCUGGCUCUCCUGUAUUCCACAAAUAUUCAAUGUUCCAAUGUACUCUUUGACAUUUUGUCGACGUGCGUGGAAUCGGCGAUUCCGAAACUUUCAAUGGACGAAGAGAUCGCCAACGAACUCUUAUUAAUGUUGACAGUAGCUGUAAAUCAUCCCGUGUUUACAUUUGAACAGAGAGAGGUGCUAAGUAAACACUUGGGAGAUCUAGUAAGGUUACUAGGAGAAUAUAUCCAGGAGGAGGAGAACUGUAAGGAUGUGGCUUGCCAGGCAGGAGAACCUCUCCUACCAGAGGAAAACGGCUGCAGUAAAGAUGCAUGGUGCCAGGCUGGGGAGUCCUUCUUAUUGCUAGAACCAGCAUAUGUUCAAGACAUCAAAGUGCAAGGUUCCCAGAGGCGGACAGAAAAGGAACAUGAAUUUUGCAUGCAGGUCACCUGGUCAAAUGGUGAGGUCACUGCCGUUAACAAAACUUACCAGGAGCUAUAUGAGUUCCACACAAAGUUGCUGAAAGCCUUUCCAGACGAUGCUGGAGCCCACAGACAUGAGAGGAAAAUCCCUUAUUUGCCAGGUAUUCGACACCUUCAACGCAAUCACAGGGAAGAGCAGUUGAAGACAAUAUUACCAAACAUACAGGAAUAUGCAGAACAACUGGUCAAAGUCCCUGAGUAUAUUCUUCACAGUGAUUACCUACAGGUCUUCUUUAAGCCUGAGCCCCAGAACCCAGCCUCUCAUGUACUGGUGGAGAAUGCAUUUAACAGAAAUCGUACAGAAAGAACAGGUGCAGAUCGCUCACGGCAUUCAUCAACGGGAAGCACAAAUUCACGGCAGGGGUUUGGUAAUGAUGCAGAAUAUAAAGAGGAAGUCCAUCCCACUUCGGAGUAUGUGCGCUCAGCUACCAUUUAUAACUCCAAACAUGUAGAUGUUGGAGGAAGAAGGAUAGUUGAGCAUCACAUGGGAGGCAUAGCUGGCAUGGCCAAGGAGCGUUCAGUAACACCAUCCUUAACAACCACCACACCCACCUCGUAUCAGAGGGGUGCAUACACAUCAGGAUCUGUGUCACCCUUCUCUCUUAGCUCGGCGCCACUGCCUUCACCACUGUCAUUGCCAUUGCCAUUCAUGUCUCCCCCCUCUAUGCCAGAGCCAGAUAUCAUUGUGAACCAGCAGCAGCACUAUAAUAAGCAGCAGCAGCAAAGGAUGCUGUCUACGCUUCACCCGGAAGAUGCCACAUGCGAGGAUGAGUCAUCAUUGGUGACGUGGCUCAAAUCAGUGAGGUUGCACAAGUACAAAGAUCAGUUGAGCAAGUAUUCAUUAAGUGAUCUCCCAGAAGUCACUGAUGAGCAACUAGAGGAGAUGGGUCUCGCUAAAGGUGCCAUCAGCAAACUCAGGAAAGAGUUACAGAAGAUUAUGCCAAUAGGCCAAGGCCCUAAUGGCAUGAUCAUGAUAGAUACAGGAGGCUCAUGGCGGUCAAACUCGCCCUCGUCUCCUUCCUCUCCUGUGUCUCCUUCCUCGUACCACACACCGCCAUGUCACAGUCCCCACAUGGUGGCGCCACCAUCUGGCAAGUCUGGCAAUAUGGCGCAGGUGCUCCCUGUUGGCAGCUGUUUAAAAAACUUUCCCAAUAACAGCAGUGUGGAUAGUUCUCCUUCCUGCUCCGAGUACUCUAGUCCUCCUCCUAGCCCGUCUAUAGAAGGAGAGGACAGGGAAAGAGGCAAGGGAAAGGAGAGAGCAGCUCAGAAAAGGCCAGGGUUUGUGCCAAUUUCCAAGAGUGGGUUAACAGAGUCACAGAUUCCAGAAAAUGGUCUGAUGGAGUCUCACACACCUGGAAAUGGAAUGACUGAGUCUCAGAUACCACUUGGUUCCAGUGCCAUUCAACCACAUCUACAAGAAACUGGUUUAAUAGACCAACCAGGCCCAGGCACUGGAUUGAUAUCUGACAUACCUGGGCAUCCUGUGAUGGAGUCUAAAAUACCAUUUGGUGGAGGGGGAGGUGUUCUUGUGGAGUCUCCUAUCCCUGCAGGUAGUGGGGGUUUGGUGGACCCACAACAGGUGCUUGUGAAUGGAGGAAUACGCCCCAUGUAUCAAAUGGAAUCUGGACCCCUCAUGCACACCCGGGUGCCUAUUAUGUGCAACAUGCGGCCAAUCAUGAAGCCGACGCCAGUGAUACCUGGUAGGAUCAUAUCACCACGGACACCCCUUUCUGCACCUGUCCCGGCACACUUGCCACCAGGAGCCCCCAGGGUGGAGUCUCCUGCCCCACCUCCUCCUGGCAUCCAUGACUACCCCACGGCAACGUCAGAUGUCAUCACCGUGGCAGCCAGCACCAUGGCAACCAUGAACACCAGAGUGACAACCAUCAGUGCCACCACAGUGAGCGUGCCCUCACUUCAGGGGGUGUUGCCGCGGACAGCGGUGUUCAACAUCGGUGACAACCACGGCAGCAGGGACUCUGGUUCUCCUGUGUUGCAUGCAACAGCAGCACACAAUUACCAGCCUCCACCGCCACUGGUGUCUGCUGACAGCACCAGUAUUGUACAGACUAGUCAACAGCAGCCAAAGAUGGCUUCCAUACCUCCCAGCAAUGGGGAAGGAGGAGUAGGAGGGGGAAGUAUUAGUAACAAUAACCCUGGGAUGGGAUUAUUACCUACUCAUUCUUAUCCACCAUCAAUUGUGAAAACUGUAGCAGCAGCAGCAGCAUCGUCGUCGUCGAAUAAGUCUCCAGUUUUAUUUCCGCCACAACAGUCCGUACGUAGCUCAGUUGCACCUUCUAACAGUUCAGGAGGAGGAUGUACACAAUGCGGCUGCCAUGGCAACUGUGGCAGUAAUAACAACAACAAUCAACAGCAGCAUCCAGCUCAGUAUAACUACUUUAUGAUCCCACCACUGAACAAUGCAGUCGUGCACAGCCACCUUCCCCAUGGGCCUGCUGCUGGGUUUAUACCACAGACACCUAAUGGUGUUGUCCCCCCUGGGAUCCACCACUUUGGCCAACAACUGCCCAAUGGAAUGGCUGCCACCCCAGAGGGGUACCAGUAUUACAUGUCCAUGCUACAAGCACAAGCCAUGCAUGGCAACAAUUCUUUCAUUAACCACAGUAGUAGUGCUCCAUCUCUCGGUGCCAUGCAGCAACACCAUCAACAUCAUCCACAACAACAACAUCAUCGUAGUAAUAAGCAAAGUAGUAAGUCUGUGAUGUGUUAUAAUUGUGGACAUCAGGGACACAAGGCCCCAGAGUGUAAGGAGGUCACCAUGGAUUCUAUCACAAGAUCAGGUCUUCAGCUGAACUAUAAGCCAUCAGAAUGACAAGGGGCAGAGUAAAAGUAGACAAUUUCAAGCAACAGAGGCUCACUUUUCUUCUUCACAUCUGCACGUUGUAUUUCUAUAUUUUCAAUAUAACACAGUUAUAUGUGGAAUGGUAUCACCAGGAUUUAUCCCCUAUUUUAGGAUAUUAUUGUACCAGUUAUGACAUUUAGCUGGAGUCACCAGGAUUUCCCCUUUUUUAGGAUAAAAUUGUGCUAGUUGUGACAUUAAGCUGGAGUUGGAGUGGUGUCACCAGCAUUUAUCCCUUAUUCUGGUCUAAUAAUGUGUUCAUGCUUACAUCUAGCUGGAGCUGGAGUCAGGGUUUUUAUUAUACAAGGAUAAUAAUGUGUUAGUUGUGAUAUUUAGCUGGAAUGGAGUGGUGUAGCCAGGAUAUGUCCUCUGCUGUAGGAUAAUAUUGUGUUAGCUGUGACAUUUAGCCUUAGCUCAACAGAAGAUCCCAUUGUGUUCUGUGUAACAUUAAAUAUUAUGGAAGUCACAGGGGGACAGUGAGGCAUAUCAAAUAAUUGUUGAUUUAUGAGUGUUCUGGUUUGUGGACAUGGAGACAUUUUGCAAGAUUCAUUUUUCAGAUCACAAGAACAUGCUCUUUGAUAUUGAGAUUUAGUUGAAUCAGCGUCAUGAAGCAAACAGUUCUGAAGACAACAGCUUUGAUCAAAAUUGAUCACUUUAUGGUUUAUACCUGAACACAACAGGGUAUCCACCAAACUUGCAUUCUGAGGAAAGUCAUGAUCGUUUCAUUAACAAGUAUCAACUUAAUGGGUAUUAAAUAAUAGUAUAAUAACUAGAAAUGCAGUAGUAAAGUAAGGUUCGGAUGAAUUCUAGAAUAUUAGAUUGCAGUAUUUCAACACAUGCUGAAAAGUGGAGCAAAAACAUUUCCCCAGCAAUGCAUCGAUUGCACUCAAAUGUUCUGUAUAUGUGUAAGGGCCAAUAGCACACAUGUUAGGUAUUGGAUGGGUUGAAAUCUUGUGAAUAUUAUGCAUUAUUAAAGUCACAGCCUUUACUAGUAAUAAGAUCACACAAUCUGCCAUUCUUUAGUCAUAUCAAGUGUACAGUUUAAACACUAGUCAAAAAACAUAUUAUUAUUAAAUUAAAAUGUUCGAUCUAAGUUGUAUCUCGCCAUAUGAUUUCUGACACAUCUUUAGUAUAUAUAUAUAUAUAUAUAUAUAUAUAUAUAUAUAUAUAUAUAUAUAUAUAUAUAUAUAUAGCUUUCAUGUAGCAUGUACAGCUGAGACCAGUGUAGAAUCUGAAAUUUUAUAAAUACAUUUUGUACAGUAUCCCAUAGGCUUUACACAGAUUGGAACCUGGUGGCAUCGUACAUUAUCAAAUGAAUUUUGAGUGUGCUUUAGAACUCUUUGUUUCAUAUAGAAUAGUGUAGGGUGCAGCAUGAGAUAAGUUUGAAACUGAUGCAAAAUCCGUAUUAUCAUAUAGUGGCAAUAUAAGUGGAAAUGUGUUAGAAACAGAGGUAAGUCAGGACUGAUUAAAGGCUGUGUGCUGCACUGUCCAGUACAAGUCAAAUAUGUACCAACAUAUCUUGGGGGGACAUCUUUUUGUGUAAGGUGCCAUAAUGGGAGAGGGGUAGGGAUGGGGGUUGUGACCUCCUGGUUUGCCACUGUCAAGCCUGGUAAGGAUUGUGCAUGUUGAUUUUUUUAAAUGUUAAAACUCAGCUCAAGAAUAGAGUAGAACUUAGGCUAUGCUUUAUUCUUCAACAUUUUAAAAUGUAGCAGGAGCAGGUUUUAUGUGCCAAUGAACGGAAUUGACUGGUGUAUUUAUUGAGAUUAAGUUAUCUUUUGUAUUAGAUUGGAUGAUAAUCAGACAUGUAAUGGCAAAAUGUAAGUUGACGGUGAACUGUGUAGCAGACUGGGGAACUAUUAGUAUAAUUUUUUAAAAAUCUUUUCUUUUUUUGCAAGAAGUGUCUUGCAUGUUGUCACUUUAGAAACCAGAUGAUUAUUUACUUAUUAUUUAUUCUGGAUAGAGCUUUGUUAUGAUGCUAUUAAAUUGGAAAAUGUAUACAACUGCCUCAAUAAUCCCUUGCCAUUUGUGCAUGCAAGUUUGUUUAUCUUUUUUUCCGCAAAACCACUACUUAUUUUUUUGCGAUUAUAUCUGGCCUGGUAACUUAUUGUGUAAAAGCUUAGUCAGUGAUGAAUGAAAAUCCCUGUGAUAGAUAGCCAGGUAGGAAAGGCUCUGUACCGGACAACUGGAAUCUUCUAUUUGAUAAUUGCUUUCUGUGAUAGUGUUAUCCUAAACUGGGGGAUGUGUAACUACCCAGGCACUAUACACUUUGCAGUAGAAUUUUUAAUUCUAAGUUGCCUUGAAAAACAGUACCUCAUUAGUUUCUUAAGAAGCAACUAGCUUCAGAAACAUACACAGCUGCUUGUUUAUGCCCACCUGAAGUUUGCCACUUAAGUUUGCUGAUUCCAGCAGGUCAUUUUUGUGCUGUCACACCAAAGGCAUAAAACGUGUCCCCUCCAGUUCAUUGGCGGAACUACCGCAUUGUGUAGGUUGUAUUGUAUUGUAUGCUGUCUCACCUACUGCAACUACACAGACCACAAAUUCCUAAAAUAUGCAGACUUGUUUGAUAAAUGAAAUAGAAUAUAUGUAAGCUGAAGAUUUUUUCCCUAAAAAUGAGAUUAUAUUGUAUUGCAUUUGGUUGUUGUGAGGUCGGGGUUAAGAUGGUGCUUUGUGACAAGAAUUGCCAUCUUUCGCAUCUGUGAUUUGCUGCCAAUGAGUGCCCUUUGUUGCAUCCUAGAUGUUUAUCACUGCAUAUUCAGAAUAUCAAAAUUUUGUGCAGGAUUUUUUUUUUUUUUUUUUUUUUUGUAAAGUUAUGAGUUUCUGUCUUGGAUAUUCUUUUUAAUGCAUUUAAUAUGAUGCAGAAUACUAUAAUUUUAAUAAAAACAGCUCUACGGUAAUUACAGUAAGUUACAACUAAAUAUUUAUCUAUAUUUCAUAGUAUAAAGUUUGAUUUUGUUUGAUAUUCCUUUAAAUAACAUUUGAGGUUUCGAAUAGCAAUUCGUAAUAGAACACACUUAUUUAGGAACUGAUGAAAAAAAUCUAGAAAAGCACAAAAUAUUUAAAGAGAUGUCUUGUUCUUAAUUUGUGACAGAUUACCAUAGUCUGAAUUAGGUGCUUAUGGGGACCCUUUUAAGGACUGCCCUGUUGUGAAUCGGUCAAAUACUUGUGCAAAUGCCUUAAGUGUUUGUUUUGUUUAUUUAUUCAUUCAUUUAGUAGAUAUAUUUAUGAUUACGAUGAAUGGAAUUUGCUUUUAUAGUAUUAUUUUAUUUUUGGACAAAUUUCAGUUAAGUGUGUUGAUGCUUACGGGUUUUUUCACAAGAAAAUGAACAGAUUUGAAUUUUUUUUAAUCCAUGACUGUUCAACAGAAGUCUGAAAAACUGGCUGCAUCCACUGUUAUGGGUUUUUUUAAAUCAGUCAUUUCAAAUUUUUACUGCUGUUUUAGAUAUUUACUAUGUGCAGCAGAAAGUAAAGCUUUAAUAUGCCAUAGAGCAUGGUCUGCAAUUUGAAUCCUGUAGUGUAUCAGUUACUGAAGUGGUUUUCAAAUGAAGUAAAUGAUCUCAGUAAAAGUGGGAGAUGAUCUCAGCAUGCUUGAUUAGAAACCACAUUUAUUCUUGUAGAACUAGCAGUCCAGGGUUAGAAGAUUACAUGUAAAAUGAUUUCCUCAUCAUAUCUGUUUUGAUCGCUAUGGUGCACAUAAAUAUGUUGAGGUAGACCCAUUUGCUAUGUAAAAUCAAAGGUUAUUUUAGACUUUGGCAGAGAAGAGAAAAGUAUUUUCAAAACUUAUCAUCAAAGAUGAAAAUGUUUUAUUUGUUAUGUUCUAACUUCUUACUUGGGUCUGUUCUGCAGGUGACAUUGAGAAGUUUUUAAGUUAUUUGUAGUAAAAAUAUAGUUUGCUGUAUAAGUCAAUCAGAUGCUUUGAAUUAUUAUGUACAUUAUUUUUGUUAUUUAUUGGUUUCUACAAGAAAUAUGAAGAGGUCGUAUUGAAGAUCUGUAACGAAAAACUUAAAAUGUUUAUGUUGUCAUUUACAGAUAAUUGUCUAGGUUAUAUGUUUGUAUAUUUUUAUGACUUGCGUAUAUUAUCAAAUGUAUAUUUCUCCAUGCCAUAAAGAAAACUGAGAACUUUGUUGGCUGCUACAAAGUCUGUUUAAAAUUAAUUUAGGACACAUUUAUUUUGUAGAAGUCUGCACAAGGUAUCGAAUCCUACAAUUCUGGGCCUUAAAUCUCUUCUUUUUUUUGUCUAAAUUUGUUAUUUGCAGGGCUUUUUUAGCAUUUUACGAGACAAGCACAUUAACCCUCACAUCAAACAUGCCUCAAUGAUAUUUUGUCAUGUCUUACACAAUAACAUUUCAGUCUGUUACACUGAACACAAUUGCUCUUCUCUCAGCUUGUAGCUUUUCAGCUCGACUCCACUUUGGAAUGGGGGGGGGGAUAUAGGGUCAGCACUUCAUUUUAUUUCCACAUUUGCAUAAAAUUAUGUGUAACUAUAUAGGGCAAGUGAAAUGUGAGUUAGGCCAGGUUGCACUGUAGAUCCCACAUAUGACGUGUAUCCUAGUAAUACUAGAUGGGUGUACAAUUUUUAUCCUGCAAGUAUUGAAAUAAGGAAUUUUUCUUAAUGUGCAGAAAGUUCAUUUGUUGCCAUGUAUGCUAAGUGAUGGUGCAUACUUACAUGUAGGGUUGACACAAUACCCAAAGAUGUUGACAUCAAAACUGAAGUUUCAAAAUUAAAUAGCUUAAAGAAGGAAGGUUGGAUAGGAGGGACAUCAGUUUUAUUUUCCUGACCAUCUCCGUAUGAGUGAAACAUUUGGUACAUUUUAUGGCAUCUGCCUGGUGCAUAUUAACUUUGAAUGGAAAGUGAUCUUUUUAGCCCACUCUGCAUUGUGUGGUAUGAACUCAUUUAUUUUAACCCAGCAGCAAAUAACAGGGUAUUUAUAUUAUUUUUAAACAAAAACAUUUGUACAUAAUGUUCAAGUUGUAUGAUAAAGAGUAUAUGUAUGUAUACAUACUGUGUCAAAUAUUGUGCUACUUUUUUAAAAUAAAGGGUAGUUUUAAACAUUGAAAGGAUUGAAAAAUGUUGAACACUAUGUGUAUCGCAUGUGGAAAAUGUUUUAUUUCACAAAGGAUAGUUAAGAUUUUUGCAAACGAAGAGUCUGAAUGUUAUCAUCAUAUUAAGACUUAUCAAGACUUGCUAUAUCAACUUCUUGUAGCCUUGUACAUAUCAAUUCUCUUCCAUAGCAACAUACGAAGUGUUUAUUUUGUUUUUUGUUGAGUUGAUAAUAAACUUAUGCUAUAUACAUAUGUACAGGUCAAGUCAAAGGGAUUUUGCAUAGGAAUUUCAACUUUCAUAUAACCUUGUAACUAAGUGUAAAACAGAGUAUAUUUCUAUGGAGUCAAGCAGCCAUCGUACACAAAAAGUAUUUUAUGCAACCUAUAGUUCAUGUAUGAGUAUGUAAAACAAAAUGAAAUAAAAAUAAUAAAAAUGUCAAAGUUUAAUGCAUUUGUCUGUUUUAUUUUUAUUUGUAAACCCUUACAAAACAUGACAGAUUCCCCUACACUUUGUAUGCUCCUAUACAAACAGAACUGACUUGUGAGACCAUUUGUAUGUUAAUAAUAAAUAAAUGCAAGAUAAGCACAUUGCUUACUUCUCUGACAGCCAAUAUUUAGAAAAUUUAUAGUGGCAAGCAUAUAAAUUACACAUGAACAUGGAAUCCUUUGAUUCAAAUAUCAAUUGUGAAAGUUGGAUGUUAAGUGACAUAACCUGGUAAAUUCAAGUUUUAACAUAGUAUGUCAUUCUUACAGUGCUCACCUUGCUAACAAGUAAACAGUUAAACAAAUGUUAAACAAAAUUUCUCCGCGUGUCAUUUAAAAUUAUAUUGCAUGAAGUUACUCGCACUUCCUUCAUAUUGUAAAAAAA